GCCCAGCCUAGAUAUGGGGACACAACAACCUAUCUUCCCCACAGUUGCUCUGAUUACUGCUGCUACUGGAGCACAAUGGCAGAAGAAAAGCUUGAGCUGGACAACAUGGAGACGCUGAUGGACAAACCCAAGAAAGGAGCUGCGAGAGGUUCUAACAAGUAUGAGAGAAUUGUCCAACCCUGUAUAGCUGAGUUAAUCGGAACCACUUUCUUUGUGUUCAUCGGCUGCGUGUCGGUCAUUGAGAACGUGGAGACGGCCGGCAGACUGCAGCCUGCGCUGGUACACGGGCUGGCAGUAGCUGUCCUGAUCGCAUGCAUGGCAGAGAUAAGUGGUUCCCACUUUAAUCCUCCAUUCACCAUGGCCAUCUACCUCUGUGGUGGCAUCGAGCUGUUCCUGGUCGUGCCUUACGUGACCUGUCAGCUAAUUGGAGGCGUGCUCGGUGCUGCAAUGGCAAAGCUGAUGACAACGAAUGAAAACUACGGCAAAGCUCAUGGAGCAGCCUUCACCGUCCUGCAGUCAGACGAGCAGCUUCUGCAGGCGCUCUUUGGAGAGAUUGCUAUGACGUGGCUGAUCACCAUGGUGGUGCUGUUGGGUGCCGUUAAUUCCAAGAGCAAAAGCCCAUUAGUUCCUUUCCUGGUCGGCUCUACAGUUAUAAUUAAUGUACUGGCAGGAGGUGAUGUGUCUGGCACGUGUCUGAACCCUGCCAGAGCAAUGGGACCAGCACUAAUGACCGGCUACUGGACCUACCAUUGGGUCUACUGGGUUGGACCCAUUACUGGAUCAGUAAUCGCAGCCGCUUCAGUAAGAAUUCUACUUGGAGAUCAGAAGAUGCGAAUCCUGUGGAAAUAACACAUUGUUUAACAUGUCUCAGGUUUUACAUCAUUAACAGAGACUCGUUCUUAAAUAUACAUCUUAACCUUAACACAACCUAACCAGUGUAUUAAUAGAUUUAUGACAAUAACAUAAGUCUCAAAAAGAUCGAUUCUGCACCUCAGACUUCAUAUUCACCUGGAGCAAGAUUCAUUCAAUGGAAGUCAAAAAGGAAAAUGCACAGAUUAAAUAUGAUAUAUUUACUCUCAUGAAAAAACACGACAAAGAAAAACUUUUUUCAGAAUCAUUUUUAUAAUCACCAAGCACACAAACAUCAUCUGAACCAUUUAUCCUUCUGGGUCGCGGUGGGGGGUGCUGGAGCUGAUAUUCAAUCAGUGCGCAGCUAUAUAUACUACAGUGUAGUGGCCAGAAAGUGUCUGAAUUAUGACAUUAUAAUGAUCAUUUUUGUAUCCAGCAUGGCAUUAAAACUAAAAAUAAGAAAAAAUAAGAAAAAACGGUUACACCAUUAUUUUACCAUUAUACCUGCUUUACAUACUAGGUUUCCUCAACAUUCAGCAGCAUUCAUAUACAUUUACUUGAAUGAUUGUGAGAGCUCAGUCAUUAGAAUUAGAGCAAGAAUCUUUUUGAAAUGGCGAGGCUGAUGUGGCACUCUGAGAGAAUAAAUGGUAAUGCUCAGGUACAUGU